CCCGUAUCAGCUGUUGUGAAGACAACCAACUAUAGCACUGUAAUUGUACUUUUUGUAUGAUUUAAUAUUCAAUAAUUUCUCAAAUGGUUUUCUUCGUCCGUUUAUUCGUUUUAUACAACUCGCGUUUGGCAAAAAUUAUGUACAUUUAAUCACGAAGAACUGAAAUACUGGAAGGAAAAUAUUCGGAAUAAUUAUCGUUGUGUUGGUGAACAUGCAGUAAUUUAUCAAGACUAAUUACAUUUAUAACCAACAUCGUAGUGCAUAUACACGAUCAGUAGAUCAGAACACGAUAGCGGUAGAUAGCAAACACGGGGAAUGUAGAUAAAGUAAUAGUUUUCGGACCAAGUACUUCAUGUUAGUAAAUUUUCCUAAAUAGUAGCCAUGGAGUGGGAUGAUGUUAUAUAUUUAACAAUGCUAUUUAUUAGCAUUGGACUAGGUCAUUAUUUUCAGAAAAUAACUAAUAAAAAUGUGAAGAAAUGGUCUGCAACAAUUAUUGGAAUUUUAUUGGUUUUUGUUGUGUCUGGAAGGCACAUUCUUCAUCCACUGGUGUGCACACUGGUUAAUGCUCUGAUUGUUACAUUUAUAAGCAAAAAGUCUUGCCAUAUAGUGAGCUUUGUUUUCCAAUUUCUAUACUUGUUAUUUUUUCGGUCUACUGUUUAUUUUGGUAUACCGUAUCCACCACCACAUACUAACUUGGUGCAGAUGAUGUUAACGUUGAAGCUUGUUGGAUUAGCAUUUGAAGUACACGACUCUGCUUUUUCACGGAAGGUGAAAAAUGAUGAUGAUAAGAGAAGUGAAGCAGAGAUAGAGACAACGUAUAUUAAUCCAGGAUUUCUCGACACGUUCCACUAUGCUUUUUCUUAUGUUGGUGUUCUAACAGGUCCUUAUCAUAAAUAUCGUACUUAUUUGGAUUGGUUGGAAUCUCCAUUUGCUUUGUACGCUCCAUGCAAAGAUGCAACUAUUCAAAGACUUAAGUAUAUACCACUUUAUGCUGGGUUGUUUUUGCUUGCUACAUACUUUUUUCCUAUUUCGUAUGCUGAUACACCAGAAUUUUAUGAAGAACGAUCAGUUUUAUAUCGCAUAUGGUACAUAAAUCCAAUGUUCUUUAUUUUCCGUAUGCGAAUUUAUACCGGUUUGGUACUAUCUGAGUGUGUAUGUACAAUGGCUGGUCUUGGAGCAUAUCCUAUUUUAACAGGGCCAAAAUCAGGUCAAGGCCCUAGUAAAAACUAUGAGAUAUUGAAGAUCUCGUUUAGUGAUUCCGUAAUAGCAAAGAAAGAAACCUACAACUUUGAAACUAUUCACAAUAUUGAUCCAUAUGGUUCAGAUUUUUGUGUAACAUUCCGUGAAGCUAUGAAGUGCUGGAAUUCUUGCAUUCAGUAUUGGCUGGCAGUUAACAUAUAUAAACGUUGUCCUAUGAAACAGUUCAGGACAUUUUUAACUAUGUUUGUAUCAGCUUACUGGCAUGGCGUGUAUGCUGGAUAUUACUUAUGCCUUUGUUCUGCUCCAACGUAUCUUCCAGUGGAAGAUCUUUAUGUCAAAUUGUUCUACAAAGAUUCUACAGGACUGGCAAAAGUCAUUUGGGACUGGGUAAUAUGGUUUUUCAAGAUGCAGGCAUUCAGUUAUAUGGCAGUGGCAUUUUUCCUACUGAAUAUUGAGAAAAUAAUUUUCUAUUGGAGAUCAAUAUAUUUCUCACACCAAGUAAUGUGGAUAGUACUUUAUGGCGUUGGUGUUGUUAUUUUGAAGACUCGGAAAAGGAAACCAAAGCAGACAUAGAAAUUUAAAGAUUUAACUGAGCUACUAUUUCUUUUUUGUUCAUGAAACAUAUCCUUUUGAUUACCAUAUUUUUUACUGUACAAGGCAAAUAAUGUGUAAGUAAUGAAGAAAUUGAUUUUACAAAAACUUACAAUUUACAAUAAACCUAAGACUAGAGGCAAAUUUUUCCCAUAGCAAAUGAAAUUUGCAUACUUCCAUUGUCACUUAUCAGUGAACCUAUUUGUUUCUCAAGUUUUCUUCCAUUACAAUCAACUUCGAGUAGAAGUAGGAUAUAUUUUUUUGAGAUGGCUACAAUAUUUGUCUUCUUGUUGCUUCCUUUUUAACAUACUACUUCUUGAUAUUUGUUGAUCAUAAAAUUUUUCCAUAUACUCUGCAAAAAGUGUUUCAUACUCCUUUUUAAAUGAUGUAGAAAAUAUGACUCUCACUGAAAAAUUGAUUAAUGUAGUGUGUGCAAAGGCAACUACAUAUUUUCUGUAAACAUAUUGGAUGUAGGUGUAUUUUAUACAAAUUAUUCUUUGUCGUAUGUGUUGACCUUAGAUAUUAUAAAUGAUACAGGGAAUAAUAAAUCUUGUUACUAGGAACAUGCACCAACUGCACCUAGAGUUGGGAAAAAAAUAACUUAUUGUGUAUUAAAUAAGUUAUUAUAACCAAGAAUUAACAUAAUACAAUUAUGAGAAAUUGUUUGGCUGGUUGGAAUACUAAGUAAAUAAAAGUUGUUUUUUAUGAAUAUUUUGCUCUUAAUGUAGGCUACAAAACUUGCUUUUCAGAUAGAGAGAACUCGAAAGUGUAUCUCUGUCCAUUUAUCCAGCCUUACAUGUAUAUUUUUUUGUGGUGAUAUAUCUUUGUUAACUCUUUAGAUGGGAUUGAUCAUUUGUAAGAACUUCUAUAAAUUUAUUUCCAAGUGUUGUAAACAAUUUUAUUACUUAUAUCAGAGUUGGUGAUUUUUAUCAGUGAGUUAAAUAGAGAACAAUAUUCAUGUUAUUUAGAGGUGUCGUUUAUGGAACUCUAUCAUGAUUAGGUCAGUUGGUGUAUACUCAUUUCUACCUGUUUAGUGUUCAUUCUGUAAUAUCUUGUAUUUACAUCUCAAUUGUGUAUCUACAACAUUUUUAUAAUGUUGAUAUUUUUGUAUGUGUAUUACUACUACCCUAAGGUUUUGGAAACCCCUGCCUCAUUCCUCUUCCCGUCACUGUUUCCCACAUCAGGUCUGUAGUACGGGUAAAAUAAAAGUUUGUUGCCUGAAAACUCAAAUUACUUUGUUAUUAGAUAACCUAAUAUGUCUGUUAGCCGACAAUCUUUCCAAAAUUUUCAAAACAGUUUGGGUAAUGCCAUAAGAUCUUGUGGUUCUAUUUGCCCAAAAAACUUUUAUUAUACCAAUUUCCAUGUAUGCUAAGUGGAUUUUAGUUAAAUAUAUACAAAUUAUUACAUAAGAGUAGUUUGGGUGAAUCAAGUAACAAAAUAACCUUAUUUUAAAACUAAGAUUAUUUUGUGAUUUUACUCUCUACAGUAUUGAUUUAGUGGGUUUGCUAAUAUACAAGAAUCACUGGUUAAAAUUUAGCAAUGCCGUUCUGUUCAAUGGUUGUGCCCUUCAUGGUGAAUAUUUGUGUAUCAAUAGAAGUUUCAGUGUAGACUUUAAAAUAAGAGAAGCUAAGUUUCUCAGUCUGUGUUCAUGAUGGUAUAUUCCUAAAUAUUCCUAAAGAAAUAUUUCAAUAGAUUUUGUAGUGCUCUGUGAAUGUGAUUGAAAAUAAGGCCAUUCUAAUGUUGUCCAUACAGCCUCCAAUGACCUGUAACUACAUAAUUUUAUUAAAGAAAUCUGAUGCGGAUUGCUUACCAAAGAAAUUUUAAAAAUGUGUGGUUAAAAUUUAAUACUCGUCAUUAAAUGUGUCAUAAUUACCACUGAGAUUAGUGUUUUUUUUUUCAGAUUAUAAGUUAUUUUUAAAAUCUUAGUUCUAGGUGCCACAGAAGAAAGGAGAAAUGAAGUGUGUGGAAUAAGUGUUGUUUUGAGCAGUUCAAAAUACUUGUAAUGAAUAUUAUGUCUUCCUUUAUUCAUUUUAUGUAACAUUUCAACUUGCUUGAAUUCUCAGAUGCAAGGAAUUGUUUCAUGGAGAUUUGAAAUGAAUGUGUGGUUUUCUUUACCAUCACAAAACAUCACUCAGGUAUUUGUUUUUCUUUUAUCAAUUUUCAUCUUUUUCUCUCUCUCUGUAUCCCUUUCCAUUAUAUCAGUUUUGUUAUUUCUUCGAGUUCUGAUUCAAAACUGAUGGAUAAUUAUUUUAGAAGUUUAAUUUCAGUAGUGAAGACAUGCCUAGUGUGUCUCGCUUGUUCACAAGUUCAAUAUGCCAUUCUGUUAUUUACUUGCCUCCUUUUAUUUAUAUUUGUAGAGAAAAAUCAUAUAUAAUUUUGUAAAGAACUUCUUGCUGCAACAUAUCUUUGUUGAAAAAAAACAAACAAACUUUAUUGGCUCAAGCAAAUUAUAUGUACAUUUAUGUUCUCAAAUUUGAAUCACUGGGAAUGAAAGUUUUGUCACCCUUAUAUUGAUGAAAGAAAAGAAGUUGUGAACAAACUAGCUAAUGCUUUGUGUUAUUCCAAAUUGUAUAGGCCUAUUUUACUUCUAUAUUAUUCAUUUAAUACCACACAUUUUUUUAGUUAUCAAAUUUAUAUUGGGUUAACAAAAAUCUAGAAAUCCUGAAUAUCUAGCAGUAUAAACUAUAUUCUGUAGAAUUUGGUCAUGAUCUCUCGGUGAUAAUCCAUAUGAUGAUGUAAUUUCUCUUCCGAUCAACAAAACACUGAAACCGUGAACAGAAAAAGUAGUGAUAAAUGCUUAUUAGAAAGAACUGUUAGGUCACUGCCCACAAAUUGAGCUUGAAGAUAUUGGAGUGUUCAUGGGGAGGGGGGGGGGUCAAGGGUCUGUAACCCCCUGCCAUGCAGGUUUGCAUGCAGUUUUGCCAUUUGCAGGUUAAAAGAUUGAAAGCAUGCCCGGAAACUGCCCUCUCUCUUUAUUUUAGGCUGUCAUUUCAGAUCAGGGGUUUUUCUUUAAUGGAUAGUUCCCUUAUAUUUAAAACAAAAAAGGUUAGAGACAUUUUCAAUUGUUAUUUAAAAUUUAAUAUUAUUAAUUAAACAUUAUUCUUAAAAAUAAUCAUUAUAUACCUAUAUUUUAUAUUAAUGUUUGGAAAUGAAUAAUUAAAUAAUUAAAAUCUCAAAUUUCAUUAUGCUGAAAUUAAUUGGUACAUAAGCAUAGCUCAAUAGAAAACAAUUUGUGAUCGAAUUGCUAUAAAAAUGUUUGGAGUUGACUAUUUGUGGAUACUGAAAAUAAUGGUGCAAAAUAUUUGUUAUAAUAUUAAUGUGUGCUCUCUUUUAAUGUAAUCAUUUCUCACAUGAUUUGAAUGAAAAAAUAUCAUUUAAAGGCUUUGUAAACUAUAAUACCUGGAAUGUGUGAAAGGUCAUAAUUUUCACAUGAGUAGGUAGUUUGUAUUUUAGAAGUCAAUUAUGAACUAUUGUGGAUAGAUUAUCUAAGUAUUACUACCAUGUACAAAAUAGAAGAGAGAAUGUGAUUUUAUAUUGCGAGUUCUCUUCUUUUUUGUUGCUGAGACUUCUAUAGUGAAUUGUAAUGCUUUGUUUUUUCCAUAUUAAUAUUAUAUGUACAGUUAUGAUGUGAAGAGAACAAAAUCAAUAUUAAUAAAAUACCAUACCAGCAGAAGUAUUUUAUAUUAUGUUAUACAUGUGUAUCUAUUGUUUUUCAGUUGUGAGAUAGAGACAUUAAAACAAUUAAUACUGCUGAGUUACUGCAACAUAUACUACCAUCUGGUACUAUAUUUCUCACAGAAUGGAUUACUCUGCAAGAUAGAUUAAAUGUAAUUUAUCUGCAGUAUUUUAUAUUUUAUAGACGAUAAAAAUUGGAUUGGUGACUCGUUUGGUCAACUUUUCGUAUUGCACCAUACUUAUGUUUAUUUUCUUCUUCCAAACAAAGUGUUAGUUGCUGAUGAAGUAAAAUGUAGGUGACAUAAUGGCUGAAUUACAUUUAUACGGGGUAAAUGGUGGUAUUUGUUGUAAAAAUGUUUAUGUUAACGUUAAAAUUUAAUUCUUACUUUAAUCAGAGUCUAAUGAAAAUGUAUUUUGGAAGGACACUAAUUUCUUUUCUUGAAUACUGAUCUUUAUGGUUGUCAUUUAAUUUGUGUUUUACUUCUCCUUGCUUUUGUUAUGAUUAUUUUAGAUAUGUACCAGUUAUAUUUUUGCAAAGAUUGAGAGAGAUUUUGUCACUUACACAUAAAUGUAUUUGCUCAUAACAUGUGUAUUAUUGUUGGAUUUUUGUAGAAAUAUUUAGAAAAUACAUGACCAAUUUAUCUGAAUCACUUC